AUGCUUUCUUUAAUCUUGCUCUGGGCAGCCUUUCCUUGGAAGGCACUAACUGCCCGGGAGUAUUCGAUGCAGCUGCUGCAGCACAAGAUGGUUCUCAGUGGGCCAGAGCUUCGGCUGGAGAAGGCCGAACCUUUGGAUUGGCUGCACUUCCCGAAAUCUGGCAGCUCUCUCAUCAAUGCGCUGGUCCACCUUCCUGGAGUUUGCCCACUGCUUGGCAACCUUACCCUGGACGAGGAGCUCUUAGGCCCAUGCUGGUUGGAGGUGUGGUACAAAGACUACUGUGUGAAGUUGUGCCAGGCGGACAAGUUCUCCUGUCCUCCUAACGCCUCCUUGCCACACCGCCCUAUGGUGAAUUUUUCGGCCCAGAAAGGCCACUUGGUGGGUAUGUUCCGCGAUCCCGAUCAGCGCAUUCUGUCCGGCUACCACGAUGACUUCAACAAUUUCGCGGCGGUCGGCUACAUCGACCACCUCGUGGAGGACAUGCUAUCAGAUCCGGACUUGGACAUGGAGAAUUGUACAGCUUCCGUGCGCGGGCUGGCAAAGGUGCCCAUUUUGGAUUUUGCUGAGGCCUGGAAAGGCGGGAUGACAUACCAACUGGUGACAGAGCAUCCGACCACGCAAACGCUCGAUCCAAAGCGACCCCGGAUGACCCAUGCAGAUGCAGAGGAAGCAGCUCGCAGGGUCCGUGAAGGCUUCGCAUUUGUAGGCAUCACUGAAGAGUGGGACUUGUCAAUGUGCCUGCUUCACAAGAUGUUUGGGGGAGUCUGCCAGGCCUCAGAUUUCAUAAACAUGAACCCAACUUAUCACGGGAAGUCUGCCGAAAUGGACUACGACACCUCUGAGCUUCAUGGCUGGCAUGACGAUGUUGACGAGGUGGUUUACGCUGCAGCCCUGGGCGUGUUCCGCCAAAAUCUGAUCGCUUAUAACGUCUCCCACGAGGCGUGCAGGGACUGUUACAGAAUCGCGGCAGAUCUGGGAGGUUCGAAGCAGCUCCGUAAGCACAUCUAG